GCUGCCCCAGCUGUUUCCUGUUGAAAAUGUCUGUGUAAUGUAGAUAAAUGUGAGGGAUUUUCUCUCUAAAUCCGUCUCCUGUUCGCUAAAUCUCACUUCUCCAAAACGAGCCUGCGCAAUGGAACAAAGUCGGAAUAUUGAGAUGUGACAUUGCCCGCAUCUCAUCCUCUUUCUCCCCGUUUUUAAUGACUUCAAACAAGUUCAUUUUCGCCGGGCUUUGUCUUGCGGAGACCCGUGGGGAUGUCUAGCGCUCUUUCCUUUCAGUGGCAUUUAUGUGAUGUCUUCAAGGUAACUUACCUGAUUUCCUUUGACACUUUACAUUAUCACCUUGCACACUUACUGCACAGAGCAUCCUAUUUGGAACAAUAAAGAGCAAAUUUCAUCGCUUAUUUUUAAUUCAUUGCUUUUUUAAUGCAUGAUAAGCGCGGAUUUAAUCUGAUUUUUAUCUGUUUUAUUCACAUAUCGAGAAAUCCUGCUGCAUGUCUUGGACAUUUUUUGAAACAUGUGACAAGAUAUUUUUCCUCUUUUUUGCUUUAAUUGACUUUUUUGAACAAGAAUCUCGAUGUGAAUCCUGCAUGAGUCUCUCUUCUUGGAUGAAUGGAUGUUUGAUCCUCUGCGCUUCUGUGCGCCCUGCGCUCUUUUCCAUCAGAAAGUCCUAAUGCAGCUGUGCAACUUUCAAAGUAAUUACUGCUGAGUCUGCAUUUAUUAAGAGCUAAAUAUCUAACCUGCGGGGAGAAGAGAGAGGGGAGAGCUGAAACACUUCUGUGCGUCGGGACGCUGUGGUCAGGGUUGUAUGUAGAUUUACAGUAGAUGGAUAUUGUCUUGAGUUUAUUCCUUUUAUUAUGUAUUUUUGGCCCACUCAGCUUCCUCGCCUGGGUUUGGCGGCAGAGCAGUUUUCCAUCUCUCAGUGAGGCUCGGAAAGAUCCCUGCAGCUUUUUGCAUCUCCUGUUCUGCUUUAAGAAUUCUGAACCAGUUUUAGUUCGUGCGUAAAAACGCACUGACAGCUGUUUAUCUGGCACAGGAGAAAGGCUGAAUGCGCAUUAUUAACCGGUACAUUUGAGUGAUAUUUUACUUGCAUUAUUCAAUUUGGAUUGUUGUUGUUCACUUGUGAGGACGUUUCCAGAGGCUGGGGUGAUAAAGAGAAAUGUGUGUUUUCAAUUUGGACGCGCUCUGCUCUUUUGCGCACAGGCGCUCCGGAGCAUCAGAGCUCAUGAGUCAGGCUCCUGUUUGACUGUUUGACUCUGGCACCAUGAAGUGCAAGUUUGGAUUUAAUACAUUUUCCUUCCAAUCUCCAAAACCCUGUAAAGUUACCAUCUGUGGCCACUUUUACUCCUUUUAUAUCUCCCUGUUUGGCAGGGGAACCUGGAAGUUAGGGAAACAAGCUUUCAGCUCGCUGGUUUUAUAUGGGAAACGUUUGGUGUUGCUGCCGGUGAUGUGCCACCGGGCAAGGCACUGAGUCACAGAGUGUCACAGCAGAUUUGUACCAUCGCCAGGAGAGAGAAAAUGAGAGUUUGGCUUGAAAAGUUUGUGUGAGAAUGGAAAUCUGUCUCUGUCUUUAUGGUGAUGCUCUGUGUUUCACAGCAGUGCAAAUGUUAAAGCUGUCUCUCUCCCUGUGCUGCAGAGUGCGAUGUGCUGUAUCUCCUGUAGCCACACCCUCUCACUACUGCUGUGCGUCCUCACCCUGACUCCGACGGCAACAGGGGCGGGCCCAGAGACCCUGUGCGGGGCGGAGCUGGUCGACACGCUGCAGUUUGUGUGUGGAGAGAGGGGCUUUUAUUUCAGUAAGUGCACCUUUUUAUUUAUUCAUAAAGGUUGGCUGUAUCCGUCCCAGAGCUCUCCACCUCCAGCGAGCUCAUAAAUAAAAAAGCAGCCGGUUUGACAUCUUGUCUUGACGUUCCCUGCAUUAAUGUUCCCUUUCUUCCUUCAUUCACUCCUCCUCCACCGUUACAUCUCCUCUUCGUGUUCACAUUCAGGUCUUGUUUUAAUGCUCCGAGAUGGACAGGUGCCCAGAUUUUGAACAAGCAAACCUAAAUGAAAAAUGGAAUAUGAUAAGUAGCCUUACUGUUGGUGGCAAAUCCCAGAGGUGCCCGUGGGUAAAGGACUUAAAGUGGAAACUUAAGGAGGGGUAGAAACUGAAUGUUGCUGUGCAGUUUUUUCUUUUUUCCACCAGAGAAGGGAAAGCGACCCAAAGAAAACCCUCCACCAACAAUCCAGGAUUUAAAUCUCAGAUUUUUCCAUUAAGGGUAUAACCCAGCCCAGAGCAGCACAGGAUAUAUGGAGCUACCGGAGUUAGGUGCAAUGUUCCACCUCAGGACAUGUAUCCUGAUCUUCCUGUCAGAGAGACGUACAGUGUGACUGUGCAUUCGCAAUAUAGCUGGCUCAGGCUCCGCAGAGCUGAAGUUUAUAACCUCAUUAUUCAUAUUUCUUUGGCUGACAUCCAUCCAUUAAGCCAAUUUGCUCUGAAUGUCCCAGAGGACGUCUGUGUUACUUCAAAAGUCAUGACUGUCCCUCUUACCUCUGUGCAGUUUUGACUAAACAAUCCACUGUUAAUGGUUUGGUCCCGUCCCAAAGUUAUGAAAGAUUUUCCACAUGUGCUAGACUUUGUCAGCUGCCAGUUUGAAAAAGAAGAUAUAAAAUUUCUGGGGGGAAAUCGGCAGCAUCUACAGUAUGAUGCAUUUGCAGUUGUUUCCUUUUUCCAAAGCGGGCUUGUUGGUACACUUUGUCAUGAACUUGGUGACUUUCAGAGAAUUUAGGGCCAAGAAGGGGCCAGUCUUUGAAUCCCAGUCUGAGUCCAACAAGGAAAUGAUGAGGCACCAGUCAGUGUGCAGAAGUGCAGAUUUUCUGCUUUGAUAAAACAAACAGAUGAGUAAGUUUCAUUGGGAGUAAAAUAAGACAAAAUCUGCGCUUCUGCUGUGUUAGAUUAUAUUUGUUUUCUACUAGUUUCUAAACUUCUAUGACUGUUAAAGAGCUGUUGUUCAGAAAAUUAAUAGUCGCCAUGUGCCAUCUUCUUUUCAAACAUUUACAUGCUGAACUCUGGAAGAUAAAGGCUGAAUCACAUUUUGUUUAUUUUGUUGGUAAUUUCUCUUAAGUCAAAGUUUUACUCACCCUUGAACUUGUGGCAAAGAAAAUUUGAGGAAGCACCAAAAUUUUAACCCCUUACCCUGAAGGAGUUCAGAUAUGACAGAAAUCUAACAAGGCUAAACAAGGAAUAAGUGAGUCUUUGGGUAAAUGAUGUCAAACUGGUUCAUAGCAGAGCUAGCACCACCAGAACAAAGCCCUCCUUCAAGUUUAACAGGCUUGUUUACACAUGGGAGGUAGAGCAUUUUAGCUGUAUGGUAGAAGCUGUAGCUACAAGACUCAUUAUAUGACUGUAACUCAGGUAUAUAGUCAAAAGCCAAAGUUUAACCAACCCUUAAAACCAAUGGCAUAAAAAGCUUUCCAUGAAAAUCUCCAUGAAGGGGGCAAAUGUGAUAGAAAUCCACUGAUUGAGCGACCAUAAAACGUGUCAUCCCUGGACCUACGCCACUAGAGUGGUUAGGAUGGGUAUGACUUUUCUCGGGGUGAUAAGUAAAGCAUAAAAUGGCUCCAGUACGGAACACGGCAGUAAAAUACCCUUCUAUGUAUCAGCCCGUGACACCUCUGGAAGUAUGUUGCUUACGAAUUCCCAGAAAACCUGUAGCACAUUGGGUUAGUUUUUAGAAAAACAAUGCCAAAGAUGGCAAUUUAGUGUAAUCUUAAUGAAAGCAUGAACAUCAGUUAACUUCAAAGGCCCAAGCUUUGGUUUUCAACUCUUGAUACAAAAUGUGAAUGCAAAUCUGCAAACUCCACCCCCUAUUAAGUCCACUAGUUGCAAAGUAAAUUAGAUACUUGGCUGGACUGACAGCCUUUUAGGUGAAGUACCUUUGUCCAUUUUGUCAAUGCACAUUCUUAUAACACCAAGAAAAUCCAUAUCAUGUUGCAUUAUUGUGGUGUUUGAGCUGCAAAAUACAUAUGAAGUAAGUGGCAUGUCCAAUUCGCAGCUAUAUAGACAAAUCGUAAAGAAAAGUAUGUUACUGGAGCUUGGGUCCAGUCCAACCCCAACCACUCAUCCAUUAAAUCAGUUGUUCAGCCUAAACCACACUCCAAUAAUAUUCUUGCUGCAAUACAAGACCAGUGUAGGAAUACUCUAAUAACAGUGGCACAGAACACUACAGUAGGUCAUUCAACGCAAAGUGAAAUUUUUGCUGAAUCAUCCAGAACCCACGUCUUGUCUGGCAGUCUUGUCACCAUGCACCUUGCUGCUGCUCCCAACCAAACCACCGCCACAUUCCUCCCCCUGUGCAUGCAGCUUUUCCAACACUAGUCAACAUCAUUCUGCAUCGGGCCCUUUGUGCGAUGUUUGCCAGGGAGCUGUUGGAGAGCCCCCAAGCUGCUGCAAAGCUGCGAGUCUUGUUCGUCCAGAUGCUGCUGGCAACACCCACAUGCUGUGAAGUGGUCAUGACAGCCUGUUCGAUUGCCAGUUUUCUGCCAGUUAAGACUUUUUGGUCUUUGGAUCCUCUCUGCUGCAGCACUCCUCUUGUAUAAAUGGCUGUUCUCUACAUUUAGGCCUAGAGAAAGGGGAAGAUUAUGGAAUAUGUGGUCCAAAAGAACUUUCUAGUAAACCGUGAAUUGUAUUUAGCAUCUUUGAGAGAAAGACUUGAAUUUUGGCGUCCACUUCAGAGAUAUUGGUUGCAAAUUUCUUCUUCUAAAUCAACCCAUUCUUGAUGAUUUGAGUCUUACUUUGAAGGUUUAAAAUGGUUUCGAAGAAGUGCCUACAGUUCUGUCGUAAAGUUGGCAAAACGUUCAAGGUUUUGAAAGGGUUUGAUGGUGUCCAGAGAUUGGAUGAUGUGAGAAUCUGACGAAGUGUUGGCUACCAAAAGAAGUUGUACUACAGCUUUGCAAAUGUGUCUCACAGACUGUAGAAGCAAAAACACUACUGUCUAUAUUCAUCUCAUGAGAAAGUGUUGAAUGGCAGCCAACAUAAGUCAUGAAUCCUCAUGCAGGAUACACUUCUUAAGCAGGAACAGACCUUUUUGUGGUACAGGGAACGUGUUUGUCUUUCCCGCAUUACCUUACACUGUACAGUCACACAACUGCACAACAUCCAUCUAUCAAUGCCACAUUUUUCUGCGUCGUAAACGAGCUGGAUUUCACAAACACUCCAUCCUUUUUACCGAGAAGACGAUGAGGUUUGAGCAGCAGGGUGCCAUGCCUUGGAAAAUAUGCUGCUCCCUGUCUCCCUCUGUUUCUCUCGCUCUCUCAUAUUCUCACUGUCAUUCCUUUUCGGUCGCCACAUGUUCCAGUGGCUGUUUGCGUAAAAAUAUCUGGAGAAUCCAUUUGGGCUCUGUCGUCUGUGGGACCCUGAGGCGUAACUGCCUGGCCAAAGGAGGCGUGCUCCUUUCCCUGAACUCUUCCCCUCCAGUCUGUCCGUGUUGAACUUGGCAGCCCUUGGAUUGAUAAUGUGUCCAGAGACAGUGUUGCUACUACAGUGGGCUUUCUGUGCUCAGAGGGCUUUUGCCAAUCCACCUUACGCAUGACACCAGUAAAGUAGCACACUUGCAUUUUAAGACCUCAGAUUUCCUACCCCAACAGAAAUGCUAAAUACUAGUUGGUGGAAAUUUUUUUUGAGGUAAUGAAACAAACUGUGGUCUAUGAAACAUAAGAAAAUCCACAACCGUAGUCAGUUUUUCCAAUUAUUAGCCUGACCUAGAAAUCCUUAGUUGUCUUUGUAAUGCUUUAGCAGGCAGGGCCGUGGGAUGAUUUCACUUCGAUGUUCAUUCCAUGAAUCAGAUCUGUUAUGGGAGUUUUUUGGCUAAAGUAUGAGUGCUAAGUUGCUCCUUGUCCCAAGUCUUCUUAUAUUUUACUACUUCUUGCUAAAAUAUUCACACUUAGUCUAGAUUGAGUGCUAGCUAUACAAUCUUCCUGCUGUUUCUGCAAAAGGAAUGAUGCACAAACUCUCUUGACCAACUAUAAAAUUGAAUACUGCAUCAUUUUUGGCCAAGAGCUUUGUGCUGGUACACCAAGUUCUAAUAAAACAAGAUCAUCCGAGUCCUAAAAGUGCUUAGAUUUGUUGGAAUUUCCCUCUGUGCUCAUGGAAGGUCAACUGUAGGUAGAAAACACAACUGGAAUCGCCUUUAACGCUUAUCAAUGGGCCUUCUUCUUCUUCAAUGUUCAUCCCUGCCAGUUUUAUUCAAAGCAGCUGCAGCUGGAGGGAGAGGUAGAAUGUGCAAACAGCAUGUUGCAUGCAUGCACGCACUCACGCACACACUCAAACACAAAUAGCUAGGCCUGGUCCGUCAGCAGCAGGGGAUUAUGUGGAUUACAGGAUGAUCAGGACACCCCCUCCACCCCCCCUUGUGAGUUUUACUCUGGACCUGAGCGAGCGACAAAGAUCUGAAGAAAGACCUCCUGUGUCCUGUUGGUCGCUGAGAAAAGGUGACAUUUUCCAAUUAAGAUGUUGACUGAAAAAUCUCUGACCCCUCAACUGAUCAAAGGAGCGACUCAUAAAAAAGAAGGGCAGAUUUCGUCAUAGAUAUACAUUAGGUUAGAGUGGGUAACAAGGGAUUUGAGGACACUCUAAGGCCUAAACAGUACUUUACCUUCAAAAGCGUUCAUCCUUUUAAUCCAAUCACAUAAUGCAGGCCCUCUACAGAGAAAAAUGAGGAGAUAUCCAGCUGCAUAAAUGCAGAGAUCAAGUCAUACGUGAUAUCCUGGACCAUUCCUGUAUCCUCUCUUUGUCACCCUUGGUGGUCUCAUGGAUCAUCUGCCAAUUCACUUCCAGUUCAGUCCGUAAACAACCUCAACAUACAUCUAAUACAUCAUCAAAGCAAACAGAUCUACAGGUUAUGCUUAUUUGUUCAGAAUGUUCUGUCCACUUGGCAUACCCAACAUUAACUACCAAAACAUUGCAGUUCCUCCAGUGUCCACUAGGGGCCAAGAACACUUCUUUCCAUGGCAGGAUUAACACCUGUUUACACCUCCAUACUGCACAUAGAAGGUUUUGGUCCAUGUAGCUUAUUUCUUAUGUUCCAGGUUUGUGUUCAGUCGCCAACAUGACCAUGUAAACUUUCUUCAUAUCUGAGGCAUGACUGAAUCCGACUCUGAUGAGGCUGUUGGAGUUUCAGUGGAGGCUAAAAUGUUUAGAGUGACAGCUUUAAAGAAUCAGUCAUUGGCAUGAGAUUGAUAUAUUUAUGGUUAUGGUUCUGAUCUAGCAGCAUCCUGCCAUUUCACAUGUGCAACAGGAAAGCCAAAGCCUGAGGCGGGGAGGGCACACUUCCCCUUCCUUUAAUGAGCAUACAUGAAAAGACAAGGCAGGUAGAGCUGCAGCAAAGACUCUGGAGAACAGAACAGAGCAUGCAUCACUGACAAUACUUACAAUUAUGGUAAAAUCAGACAUUGGAACUUAGAGAAAAAGCAGGAGUUGAAGGUGGGUUGCAAAGAUGGUUGUGAGGGAAGUGGAAAAAGAAAGCCAUUUAGAUGCUUAAGAGAUACGUUGGGAGAUAAGUAACCGAGCUGCUAGCUGAUGUGGGCUGGUUUUCAGACCUGAGCUUGGCACUGUAGCCUGCCUAAACUAGCACCAUGUUCAAAUUCAAAAAGCCUCAAGCAUUGCAAAAUGAAAGUAUUUCCUGCAACAAAUCUGGAUGACAUGGUGCAGGAAGACCUCCUGUCCUCCCUCUAGGGAAAUCUUGGUUGUGGGUCAAACUUCUGCCCCUGCAUUUGCGAUACAUGUAAUUCAUGAAAGACUGAGCCUACUUGGUGCCCUGGAAAAUUAAACAUUUGGAUAAUGAGAAAUGGUUAUGAGUUCUCUGUGUUUUUAAUACAAAGGUGAGGUAAUAAAGUGUAAUAAAGGGGCGGACCGUGUGCAAGAUUUAUUUUGGCCGAUUCCCAGUCAAGAGUUUUUGACCCAAGCAGUUGCCAGUAAUACUCUCCUCUCAGCUAGAACUGACAACCAAAGUUAAGACUUGUUUGCACUCUUUUAUCUUUUAGGUUUAAAUUCAUCCUCAGAAAGUCCUUUUCUCUACACAGAAAUCUGGUGGCAGCUCAUUUGGAUCCAGUGUCACGGUGUAGAUAUGAAGAACACCACAAACUCACACCAUAAACUCUUUGUGGUACCAGUGAUAAAGAGAUAGUUUCCAGUACUUUAGCAGCUCUCACAGUCCCUGCUCAGCAGUAAACUGCCUGACACUUUGCAGUAAGAGCGGCGCACAGGCUCCAAGAAUCCACUGCUUUUUAUUGACCAUGACCAAGUUGUAAAACUCAGAUGCUUUCGGUGCCACUUUGGAAUGAGGGAGGCCUGCCAUCUCUCUCCUCUCUCUCCUCUCUCUCCUAUCCUUGGAGGAAUGAACGUUAUGUGUGCUGACGCUGUCAAAUACCACAUUUGAUGGCAUUAGAUGAAACACUUCAUUUGGAGGCUGGUCCUGGACCAGCUGACAACAGUUGAUUCAGUUUCACUGUAUUCUGUGGAAAAGGAUGCCUGUAAAUUGACAUUAAAAGUAAAUCAUUUAAAGUAACGGUCGAUGCCAAAUGUAAAUCCUUUAUAUUAUUCAGGCCCUCUGACACAGUUCUGGAAAUGUUGUUCCCACGGCACUUUUAGCCAGCCUGGAUUCGUGGCAAACACAUUUAAUUCCAAAGGCAUCAAUGCCAGAACAUCCAUAGAAACUUGUCAAACAACCUCUGAAGCCGAGUUUUUCCUGCUAAAGUUCACCGCUGUGAGAUUUUCUGGUAAAACUAGGGCUCAUCAGUGUAAAUACUUUCUUGGCUAGGCUUCAUCAGAACCCUUCAGAUUCUUGGACAUCAUGGCCCACAACACUGUGGCUAUGACAGGUACAGUCAUGGUUAACAUUUAAAAAGGGGUUUUAAAGUUUAAAUACAAGAUCUUAACAGGUUUCCAUGUACAGUGUGGUUUAUUUGUUUUAAAAUGUGACUUUUAACUUUUUUUUUACAGUGUAUUUCUAGGCUUAACUUAACUUACAGCUGGUCUACAGUUGGGUACAUUUCAUCGACAGACUAAGAACUGAUCCCACUUUAGGGGGAUUUUAUAUUCCUCACUUUAGCAUAUUUGUUUGUGUUUUUUCAUAUAUUGUUGUAUCAACAUUUUUAUCGUUGGCCACUUAUCACAUAUCAUAUUACAAGUGUUGCAUCAUCAUGUUUUAUUGCACCUUAUUUCUUAUGAUGCAAUAAAACUUGAUAUAUCGUAUUAUCAUGGUGUUUAAUUUUAUAUUGUAUCCCAUAUUAUUAUCUUAUCGCACCGUGUCAUAUCUUCUUGUAUCAUUCUGUAUUGAAUCAACUUGUUUGGUAGAUUCCAGGAUGGUACAAUACAUUGAUCUCUAUGGAUAUAUUGAUCCCAGAUUAUUGAUGCUCAAUGCACUAUUAAAGCAGUCUAAACGUCAAAAUAUCAACGUCUGUCAUCUGGUUCAGACUUGCUUUGCUGAAACUCUGAAAGUUUGAAAGAUAUUGACCAGAGCAGUUUAAAAACAUCUCUGGUUGUGCCUCUGUUUGCAGAAUUGUGAAACCUUUUUUUUUUUUUUUCAUUAUGUAAGAGGUACACGACUGUUCUCUGGCUAAAACGCUGACACAUGCUUUCUAGUCUGACCUUCAUCAACAAGCAUCUUCCAUCUCGACUCGAUUCCAUCAGCUGAGGGCUGUAAGGCGGGAAGCUGUGGCAGAAACGGUUGUUUACCCAUAUUUGUUAAACAACAGUCACAGAAAACAACUCCUUGUUUAUGAGGGAUUACAGCAGUUAUCCAUGGAAUUGAAGCGUUUAAAACCUCCCAAAGCUUUUAGACCUGAUUAUUAUAUGCGUGUUUUUCUCCAACCUGCCCGAGCUGAUUAUCCUACAUGUUACAACCGGUGCCAGCUGAUUUUUCUCUCCCUUCCAGCUGUUUGUGCAGCAGGGUUGCGAGCUAUUUUCAGAACAAUAGCGGAUGUUAAUUUGUAAGGCUUUAUUGGGAGGGAUUGAAAAGCAGGCCAGGCAACGAGGCACGGCCCCUCUUUUGGCUUUCAGCAACCAUUAUAUAAUCUGCAAACAGGGCUCAACGCUGUAUGUCUCUCUCCAAAUUUCUUGACAUCAGGUGUUUGUAUAGCAGCUAGAGCUGGAUAUAAAACGCUGUGAUAAAAAGCUGGAGUACAUGUUCGCUUCUCAUUGACAUAUUUAAUUCAACAGACCCAUUUGGGCAGUUUGAGAUCUGGGUAAAUCCAGUUCUUCUGUUUGCUAAAUAAUGCAGGUGCACAGUGUAUUUUUAGCGUCAUUCUACCUGAUGUGAAACAUGAAAGCCUCUCCCCUCUUCUUCCUCUCAUUCACACCUCCAUUAUUUUUCCAUUCAGGGGGUCCGAAGAGAAAGAAAGAUGCUUCUGUUUCUGAAUGAAAGCUUCUCUCUGUCCACAACAUUGUCAGGACAAGGCAGACAGAGAGCAGAAAUUAAUGCACUUUGUCAGCACUGGCAGGCUCCUGAGCCAAGAGCUAUUAACUCUGAGAGGGAAAGGCAUUUCCUCCUUGUAAAUGCCAUAUUAAAUUAUUAUUAUUUUAUUUGGUAACAGGGAAAAGCCCAUCAGGGCUAUAUUGCACAAGGUGAGCGGGGAAUUGUAAAAGGAGAGUGGGAGAAUUUCUAGAGGCCACCUAAAGAGGGUGGGUUCUGGGGGGGCAGUUGAAAGAGGAAGUGAGUAUUGACGUCAUGUUAACAUGAGAUCGCCAAAAGCUGAGUAUCACACCUUUAAAAAACGGUUUACCCAUUUAUUCAGUGAUAUAAUACAGACUCCAACACAGUUUCCACCUCCCCUUGACUGGCCAUCGAGACAAGUUUGUUUUUUGGCCUCGAAGGCGCAUCACGCCAAUGAUUCAGCACAAAUGUGCUACUAGAGAAACUCCAGGGCACUCAGACUUUAGCCAAAUGAAAAUGUGAAUGAACAGUUGGACAGAGAGGGAGGGGAACAGCCUCAAAAACCUGCCUGGCUGUUCUUGCAGGUUGAUCUGGCCCAGAAGCCUUGUGGUUUGGCACCGCUGGACUGGCCUCAGUGUUAAGACACCUGAGCCAAAAUGGCUGACCGUGAUAUUCUCAACGUUUGGGUGACUGCAGCCCUUCUUUUUGCUGGGGAGCAGCUGCCAAAAAGGGUCCACAGUGUGCAAUGUGAUACACUGUAAAUUUUACACAGAGGAAAUCUAUGUCAUUAAGAUUGCCUAUAUAUCCAGAAUCAACCCACGACCCGGCCAAUUUUAAUGCUUUUAUUUCAUGUAUAUUAAAGAAGCCAAAAUGACAUUAUUAAAUAAUCCAGAAAAGACAUAUAGAGUAUUGAGGGGGAAAAUCAGAAUCAUAAGAGCCUCUUUUCUCGUUUUUAUUGUUGCUACACCUGUCGAACUUUCUCACACCUCACGUAAAGCCUUAAUAACGGAGCGAUCCCAGAUCACACUUAAAGACUCAUGGAAAUAGCACAAGGUUGGCUGUCAUGAUAUAACUAUUAGCCUAAUAAUCAAUGUAUGAAACAGUACUUACCUUUUAAAGAAUGCCUAAAGGGAUGGUAUCAUGCUUUUCCACAUAUACAACAAAAACUGCAAAAGUACAUGUAUGCAAAGUAGCAAAUCACAAGGUAAAUGUAUUUUGUCAGAAUCUGAAAAAGUAGAUCUAGCCUGACCACAUCUCGGACUAACCCGCGAAAAUGCGAGACUGUAGUUGAUGUGCGAGAUUUACAAAAUCCUGACAGAAAAAUUGUAGACUCUCCUUACUGGUUCAUGUGCUUCUGGCAAAGUGGAACAGUCUGGCUUUAACAGUGUGUAAAGUGACAUCCACAGCGAAGCAGAGUAACCAUAGACAUAUAUAAACAUAUAUACUUAUAUAUCAUGUCUUUGGGGGAAUGCUGCUUCACUGCUCGGCUGAUCGACCACAAUCAAGGGAGCGGCCAAAACAUUGAGCUCCACUCCUCUGGCCAAUCUGAAGAAAGUAGGCUUGUGGAGGUGGGGCCUUAAAGAGACAGCAGCUAAAACAAAGCAUUUCAGGCGGAAACUGAAAUAAUAUUUUAAUACACCACUGUGAGAAAUUUGAGGUUUUUAUUAAACUGAAAAUCACGUAAAGCUAUUAAAGAGGUAUCAGGAAAUAAAAAGUCUGAAAAAAAUGCAUUAUACACCCCCUUAAGAGAACUACGCUAGUUAGCUGGAUAUGCUAACGUUGCAACUCACUUUAACAAAGAAGAUGCUGCUUCAAAGAUAUAAUGAGGAGUUUUUAGCUGGUUACAAAAAAGACGAGAAUUCAAACUAAGGGCCGGAAUCAACACAACCACUUAAAGAGCGGUAAACGGUUGAUGGUUGGUAAACGUUGACCAGAAAAUUUCUCAAGUCUCUUCAGUAUCUUACCCGCUCUGCUUUUCUUCUCUGCAGGUAAACCAACAGGCUACGGGCCCAAUGCACGGCGGUCACGCGGCAUUGUGGACGAGUGCUGCUUCCAAAGCUGUGAGCUGCGGCGCCUGGAGAUGUACUGUGCGCCUGCCAAGACUAGCAAGGCUGCUCGCUCUGUGCGUGCGCAACGCCACACAGAUAUGCCGAGAGCACCCAAGGUUAGUACCGCAGGGCACAGAGUGGACAAAGGCACAGAGCGUAGGACAGCACAGCAGCCAGACAAGACAAAAAACAAAAAGGUGAGCACAGCGUCGAACAGGUACACUUGAAAAAUCAUUGAAUGAAAGCAGAACAGGAAUGAUAGACAGCCUCUGCCAACGCAUGCACAUGAUAUGCCACGACCAGCUAUGGCAUACAGACUAGAUAUCAGCUAGCUCUACCUGAAAGAGUUCACCAAGAAACAGCCUCAAAAAUAACCCGUCAAAACUUUUUCAUUCUGGUUUUUGCACAUAUUCAACAUGUUUGUCAUCAGGUGGAGUCUACUGCCUUGACAGAGCUACAAAUCAAUAAUUCAUGUAAUGAAACCCCCGCAGGCUGUUCUACUAGACGAGGACUAGCUGUUUCCAGUCUGUAAGCUAAGUUAAGCCGAGUGGCGAAUGCCGUAGCUUUAAGACAUGGGAGGUCUUUAACUUUUCCUGUCUGAAAGCUCAUUCCCACUUUAUUUUACGGUAACUUUUAAGGUGUACUUUUAGGGUCGCAGAAUUACUGCUAGAGUAUUUCAUUCAUCAAACUUAAGUGGCUUUAUUUUGCUUUUACAGAGACCUGCAGCUGGACAUAGUCAUUCCUCAUUCAAGGUAUGCACGCCAUCAUACAUAAUUCAUCUAACUUCAUGUCUUUUGUCACGUUGUGUAAAUCUUAUCAUCUCCACGCUGACACUCUCAAGAAUUUGAAAGUAGAACAACUUUUAUUUUUAAUCAGGGACGAUUGGUUUAAAAAAUCUUAGAUCUGAAUUCUUCAUUUCAAUUCCAAAGACGGAAAGCAUGAAGUCUAAAUGUGGAAUGUGAAUCAUCCCCUCGUCGCCAUGCGGCAGGAUGGUGUGAUCCUUUUAAGAUUUGACUACGUGCUUUUUACCCUUCUCUUAAAAAAGAAAACCAUUAGCAAGAGAAGGAACUAAGUGGUUUUUGUGGUAGACCCAGUAGCACUCCGGCUCCCCAGGCGGGAUCUCCACUCUGCUACUGUACAUUAUGUGCUGAAAUUCUGCCGUCUCACCGUUACAGACUGGCUCAUGCAAGGUGCUGGAGAUAAAGCACUGCAUCAGCAUGUGCAAAAGCUUCCACAUCGCUCCUUUGUUCAUUCACUUUAGGACUGCAGUGUGUUGUAAAUGACUCUAUAUGACUUUAUUUCUUGAUGUUCAGUAAAGCAGUAUAAACAUUCCCUCUUUUUUUGGACUUUUGGCUGUUUUUAUAUCCAAUUUUUUAACUAUUUUCAAGAUUGAGCACAACUUACCAAACGCAGUGGUUAUAUUAGACGAUUAAUACUGCUAAAACUAGAGCUAGCAUAGAAUUAGCUGUAGCCAUAAAGGGAGCAGAUAUGUUUUAUUUUGAUACAUUGAAAUAUAAUGUGCUGGUAGCAUUUUUAGCAGACUCAUGCUAACACUCUCCCUCUGUUCUAGUCUUAUUCCCCUGUCAGAGCUAGCUUUGCAUUUAGCAUACAAAAAAGUAGCUUUGAUAGUGUAUAUCAUCUCCCAGAUGGUGAAUAACUAAAUUAUUUCUCACAAAUUAGCUUUAUUAAGAGGUUUAUUCAUUGAUAAGUCCAAAACAUGCCUGUGAUACACUUUGGGAAGGUGCUUCAAAAAUUGCUGAGUCAUUUCAGUUCAUUAGCCAAGCCAAGCGGUCAUUUGGUCAAGUGACUGAUUACUUAGUCGUGCAACAACUUAGACCCAACACAAGACUGCCCUAUUGGGUCUAAAAUAAUAAAUGUUUGAACCAUCUUAGAGACUUGUAAUGCAGUUUCUAGACCCCAAAUUCUCCCAGAACUUGCCAUAUUUAUCCUGUACCUCGUUUUUUUUCUUUUGUUGCAGGAGGUGCAUCCGAAAAACUCAAGUCGAGGCAACACAGGGGGCAGAAAUUAUCGAAUGUAGGGCGGGAACGAAUGGACAAAUGCCCAGCGACUUGGGAAGAGAGAAGGGAGUGGCCUUACCUGGUACCCCUGUGGAAUGGUUCACUGUAAAACAAAACAAAGAGGAGGUUAUUAACGGUCCGAAAUGCUCUUCAAAAUGAUUGAUACCUGAGAGCUUAGUGGUGUUUUGGGGUUUGAUGGGGACCUUUAAUUCUAUUAAUACACUGCACCAUUCCAUAUUGGGAGGAAUUCUUUGUUAAUGCAAUGUAACAGACUAGUUUAGCUGCUGAGACACGAACAAGAGCUUGCUAUACCUCCAAGCGUGAGCUGCAGCACCCUCUGGCUCCAGGAAAAAGGUGGGAACGGAUGUGGGCUUCAGCCAAUCAGAGAGCAGCAGGCUUUGUUUGAGAAUGAGUGGUCAAUUCUGUCCCCAGAAACUUUGAGGAGCUAAAUCUGAUUGAGUGGUUUCACUCGCUCUUUUGGUAAGAAAGGCUACGUAGUGACUUGUCACAUAUAACAGCUACAACCCAAGAUAAAAUAUUUUAUUUUUAUGCACCAUGCAUUACUGAGGAUUUCAUAUUAAGUAUAAAAACAAGGUUUGCUUCGAGGGGAAAAGACCAGGUGGUUCAGUAUCACUUACUUUAGUAUAAGCCCAUGCUAAAUCUCUACUUUUCAUUGACUCAAAACAGUGUUUCUCUAUCUAAGUGGAAACCUUGAAGGUUCGAGUCCAAUCCAAAUCCCGUUUAAGCUUCAGGAAGUGUGAGAGCCUGUAGACUACAAUCCAAAUCCUCUGUAACAAGAGAUCAAGCACCAUUAGAGGGGAAAUUUUAAGGAACACUGGGUACCACCAAAACAGGAUCGUGCUUUCCCCUGUUUUCAAAACCAGAGAAACCAAAUAACCAGAAGCUAAAUUGAAUCAAAAUUUCUUUGGCUUGUUAGUGUGUGGUGCUUGUGUGGUUUGUCAGAAAUGGGUCAUUCAGUGGAAUCAAAGUGCAUUUGGCAAAAGUGACUGGAAUAAGUCAAAUAGCGACAAUCAGGCAAAAUGUUUGUCGUCUGCAUCUAUUUCACAUGUCACCACCACGGCCAAAUCUGAUUUCUUGUAAACAAUCCCGUGGCCCAUGAUCAACGUUUGAGUCUGAGUGGAGGCCUGUGUUCAAGGUCAGUCAACAGAAACUCAAAUCAGUUAAAGCCUUUCAGCAAAAUGUUCCAAUAUUGAAGUUUGAAGAGAGGCUCAAUCAAAAAGCUCCACGAAGUUCAUUGAUCGAACUUUCUCAGCCUGUUAGUUUACAAAGGCCGAGAACUUUGGUAGUCCAUUGGGCUGUGUUUCCUUUCAUCACAGCGAGGCUGGGACAAAACAAAGUUCCAACAAAGAAACACAAAAAAGUUUUUUUCAUUUGGCAAAAAUCACUUACCCAAAACGGCAUUGCUUACAGCAGAUAUAAGAUAUGGGACACGUAUAACAGAACACAAACACGCAACCACAGUGUAAAUGAGAGUUGUGUAACCGUGAGCAAGGGUCAAGCACACACAAACACACAUGUUUCAUAAAAAGCCAGUUCUGAGAAAUCCUUGCAUGGAGACAGACAGUAAUGCCUGUUUGCUCAAGCCUCCAUGUGGAUUUACAAUAAUUUUAUCUCACAGAAAAAAUAAAAAAAUAAACGGCCAGAACAUCUCAUCUCUGGCUCUGCCUCCUAUGCCUGUGUAUAAUCAAACAGUACUCCCAUUUAUAUUAACCUAUGCAUUACUAUCAUUCAUUGUACAUGAUGGUUUCAUAUAACAAAACUGUAUUAAGAAUCCUAUCCACUGUAUAAUGGUGCUAUUUUGUAGUUUGUUACUUGCAAGAGAUGGCUAAGACAGACAGAUGGCAGGGCUAACAUCGGAGGUCUUCCCUUUUGCACAGCCUUGUGGCCACCAUUUUAAUAGUGUUUUUAUUUGUAAGCUGUUUCAAUAAGGUAGUAGUGUAAGCGAGUAAAUGUAUCUGUGUGAAAUCUGUGAAUGCAUGGAGAUUAAAAAAAAAAAAAGAAAAAAGAAAAUACAAUGUUGUGGUCCCAAGAAGGCAAAAUGCUAUUUUUUCUACUGUUUUUGAAUUAUUUUCUCAAAAAUAGAUCACUCAUGCCAAAUAACUUGACAAAAGUACUGUGAACUGUGAUUCUUCCAAUUGUAUUGAGAUUGUUCAAAUUCAUGGUGUGCUUUUGUCUGUCCUGAGAUGUGUAUGUACGUGCACUUCUCUGAUCACCAAUGUACUGAUUAUGAAAACACUUAAAGCAAGACUCUGUAGCUUUUGCUGAACUGCGCCCUCUGUGGCUACAAACCGGAAUUACAGGAUAAUAACUCGACAUUAUUUCCUAUUAUUUCUUCAGUGGAUGCUUUUAGUACACAAUUCGGUUUAGAAAAUUCCAACUAGCACACCUGAAAAGAGUUACAUGAGAAAUGGACAAUAUUUUUAUUUUUGUUGAGUUAAAUGAAAAGCCUAACUUACUCCAAAGUAUGAAAAAGUUUGGAUGAUCUCUUCCCAAUGUUAAUAAAUUCCACUGACUAGACUUUCUUGAACUGUUUUCUUUGAAUUGAUUUUUUCUCCCAAGAAUCGAUUCAAUGGUAUGAGUAUUUCCACCUCCACUCCACAGUAGUCAAGUCAGCUGUGGCCCUAAUUUUGCUAAAUAAUCGAAAUUGUUAGCUUAAAACCUUCAAUAUAUUUGGUUAUCAUAGAAUUCACAUUCAGUCCAGAAUGUGUGUACACAGAAAUUUGUUUAAAAAAGGCAAAAACUGCUUCUUGUUCCAGGCUGUAAAUCAGUGUAUUUCUGCUGUUAUUGUAGUCAUUUUAAUAUGGGUGUUAAUGGACUAUCAUUGGGUUUUGGAAUCAGCCUCAAGUGGACACUGAAGGAACUGCAACUGUCCACAUUGACUUAACUUUUUAAGAUUGCCACUUGUGUACACUGUAACUUGAUGUGUAUCUAGCCUAUCCAUGUUAGGCUAGGCUAAGCUCACUCCUUUCAAGCUUUACCAUAAAAUUUUACUUAAAGAUUUAAGAUUUCUGCAAAUAUUCUUGUGUAACUCUUUGUCAGACUGCAACGAAGCAUCCUAUCAAAAUUUAAGCAAACUUAAAAUGCUUAUAAUAGUUAAUGUUAGCUUAUAUUGGCGAACAGUAAAACCAGACCACAAUAUCUUUAUUAGGAGACCUCUGAGUUUAACAAAAUGGAGCAAAAAAUCUGUGACUGUCCUCAAAAAUUACACAGUCUUGCUUUAAGAUCAAACCAGGAUUUUAAUUUAUCUCAACCAAAACAUUUGUUAGCAGCUCUCUGAAAAAAAAGGUUUCUCUUCACUUAAUUUAAAAAUGAGUUUUUUUCUAGAAUGAUUAGGGUUUUAAUGGGAAUUUGAAUAUGCACUUUUUUGUCUACUUUUUACAAAAGCAGCCGACCUGGCGGCUGAAAUAAAAAAAAGAAGCUAUUUGGAGAACAACUCGUGUUCCCUCCAGAUCUUCAGACUCAAAGUACAAACCAAAGACUUUUUAAUGAGAACAAAGCCUCACUCAGCAUUAUUAUGCCAUGGAGUAAUCUAGAUCAUUGAAUAUUUUUAAAUGCCAUCCUUGUCUGAAAUGCACUGCAGCUACAGUACACCCUUCACACACUGUCUCUGGUACCUGAAAUUAAUACAGCUUGGCAAAGUGAGCCAGACAAAUGUUCCUCAGCAGCGACGAAGAAAAAAGCGACAGCAGCCGGCUUCCGAUCAUGUGACUAUGAACCAGUCCAACAUUAAUGUGUGUCACUUGUGUGAAAUAAUCAAUAAGACUUAAAACAUAUGGGAGUUGAUAAGACAUUCAUGGCUCUUAGAGGUGUUAAAUGAGAAAUUCCUGAAGCUCACUGUCCAAUAAACUGUUUGAUUACAGCGCUGUUAUUUAUGGUGCUCGAUUGCCUUCUGUAGAAAAAAAAAUAAUGACAAAUUGUUCACCAUUCCUGCUGAAUAAACCACUUGUCAACAUCA